AUGGCAGAUACGGCUGAUGUUCUGAUAGUUGGGGCGGGUCCAGCCGGCUUGACUGCGGCGCUUGCCCUAGCCCGACAGCAACAAAGUUCAUUUGUAUUUGAUGAGGGGAGCUACCGGAAUGAUACAGCAGAUCAUAUGAACCUCAUACCCGGAUUCGAUGGCACCAAGCCGUUGGAAUACAGAGAGGCUGCUAGGUCCAACAUCCUCUCAAACUACGAUCAGGUUAAUUUCCUCAAUGUGAGGAUUUCCGACGCUAAGAAAGACGACUCGAGUGGCGUAUUCAUACUCACCGAUGAGACAGGGAAGAGUUGGAAUGGCCGAAAGCUAAUAUUGGCAAACGGUGUAGAGGAUAUUUUCCCGCCGAUAGAAGGUUAUGCAGAAUGCUGGGGAAAGGCCAUCUUUCACUGUCUCUUCUGCAAGGGCUAUGAGCAACGCGGCUGCUCCUCUGCUGGGGUUCUCGCAAUAGGAGGGCUGUCUAAGGCCCCGAUGGCCCUCCACGUGGCUCGUCAAGUAACUACACUCGGUAAAAUCGUCAAUAUCUAUACCAAUGGCUCCGAGGACCUGGCCAACGACAUCGCUGCCGGAUUCGGCUCAGUGGCGCCCAUGACGGUCGAUACGAGAAAGAUCCAGCGGAUGAUCCUUGAAGCUGAUGGAGCAGGAAUACAACUCCAAUUCGAAGAUGGUAGCAGCAAGACGGAAGGUUUUCUGGCACAUACGCCCGUAACCAAGCCUCGUGGUCCUUUCGCAGCGCAACUUGGAUUAGCGUUAAGACCUAGUGGAGACAUAGAAGCCGCUCCGCCUUUCUAUCAAACCUCCGUCAAAGGAGUCUAUGCUGCCGGUGAUAGCUGCGGGAUGAUGAAGAAUGUACCACAUGCUAUUUUUUCGGGAUCGUUGGCUGGAAUGGGAGCCUCUCAGCAAAUUGUUGCCGAGAACUUGGGACAAACGUCUUUAUUUGGCUAG